AUCAACAAAUAAGUUAUUUUUUUAAUAACAAAAUACCGUCCCAUAUAGCUGAAUUCAGCCAAGCAGACGCACAUACAGCAGCAGCAUGCAGGCUUGGCUGUAGCAGUACAACAGCACUGUUAAUACCAAUGCAAUGUGUAUGUGCAUGUAGCCUGAGAGCUAGCAGGCUGCUGCUGAUUGGUCCGUGGACAGGCCUUCCUCUGGAGCAGCUGCAGUCAUCCUAUCAGACGGUCCUGAUGCUGAGUGUCUCUCUGAAGCUGCUGCCGCUGCUGCUGAUGGACGGCGCUCUGCAGUCUGCAUGGACUCUGUUUGGACACAUCAGACGGACGGAUGGAUGCUGACAUGAGAUAAGCUCGUCCUCCUCCUCUCCUCCUCUCCUCCUCUCUGUCUCCUCCGAGCUGCUGCAGCGCCGAGCACGCAGGAGCGACGCUGUCACCGACAAAACACCGGAAUACCGGGAUUUACCGUGUGAUUCAGAGCGAGCUGUGGGUUUACUUCUCUUUGCACAUCCAUAAGUCGAUCUGAUAAUGGUCCCGACGCUGCUCUCCAGAGGGGAUGUGAGCUGAGCCGCAGAGGAGCUGUCCGUCUGUCGAGGUGCUGAUGCGGCUGUGACAGAAGCUUGAGCAUGGCCGCCGGGAAGUUGCUGCUGUACGCCGGGCUCUCUCUGUCUCUCUGCGCCCUGGGCAUGCUGGCUGUGGCGAUGUGCUCCGACCACUGGUACGAGACCGACGCCAGGAGGUACAAGGAUCGGUGCAGAAGCAUCUCCAGCCGCCGCAAGGACCCGGGCUUCAUCUACAUCCCCAACAACAGCCUGCCGCUGCGGGCCAGCCGGAGCAGCCUGCCACUGAUGGCCAGCAGGAGCAGCCUGCCGCUGAUGGCCAGCCGGAGCAGCCUGCCGCUGAUGGCCAGCCGGAGCAGCCAGCCGCUGCCGGCCGGCCGAAGCAGCCUGCCGCUGCCGGCCGGCCGAAGCAGCCUGCCGCUGCUGGCCGGCCGGAGCAGCCUACCGCUGAUGGCCGGCCGGAGCAGCCUGCCGGCGCGCUGGGAGGAGAAGCUGCUGCUAGCCCGGAACCGGCGGCAGCUGUUCGCCAUGAGCGCCGCGGACGAGUGCAAGAGGCAGCACAACUCCACCAACACGGGGCUGUGGAGGAAGUGCCAUCGGCUGGGCUUCAACCAAGACGUCGAGGACCUCAUCCGGAAAGGUUCAAUUGCAAGAUGCUCCUACAUCAAGUAUCACUACUCCUCGGCUACGAUACCCAAAAGCCUCCCCUACAACAUCACCAAGACAAUAAGGCAGGACGAGUGGCACUCUCUCCACUUGCGGCGAAUGACGGCGGGUUUCAUGGGCAUGGCGGUGGCCAUCAUCCUCUUCGGCUGGGUCAUCGGCGUGCUCGGCUGCUGCUGGGACAGAGGCCUUAUGCAGUAUGUGGCUGGCCUCCUCUUCCUCAUGGGAGGAACCUUCUGCAUCAUCUCCCUCUGCACCUGCGUUGCCGGCAUCAACUUCGAGCUCUCCCGUUACCCGCGGAACCAGUUCAGCCUGCCGGACGACAUCGGCCACGGCUACGGCUGGUCCAUGUUCUGCGCCUGGGGGGGCCUCGGCCUCACCCUCAUCGCCGGCUUCUUCUGCACCCUGGCUCCCUCCGUCCAGCCGAUACCCCGAUCCACCUGCCCCAAGUCCCGACAGGAGAACGGCACCGUCUGCUAGAGCAGCCGGCAGCCGUCAGACCACCGGAGGAACCGAACAGAUAACAUGACAACAAACAAACAGACAAACAGAACAAACUGUUCCACGUCUUCAUCCGUCCGCUCAUCUCCAGUCUCUCCUGAAUACUGAUUUCUUUUUUUAUUUGUGUGUGUGUAUGUGUGUGCGUGUGUCUUGAUGAUCUGCUAUCUUGAAAAUAACAGAAAAAAACUGAAGAAAUAUUAUCGGAAAUUUGGAGUUGUGCUUGUUUUGUUGUGGAGCAGAAGCUGAAAUGGACCGAGACAGGUUCUGAAGGAAAUCCACGGAGACACUGAAAGACUGCAGUUUGGAUUGAUUCUAGCAGGAGAGGAGCUCUGAAGCUCUAACGGUGAUGGACUACGGUGGGAACUGCUUCUAUUAACGGCUCUACUGUGAGCGUGGAGAACUCAACGAAUCAGCAGUAUUGGAUCGUUAUGAUCACGUUUCUCUCGGACUCGGCCUCACGGAGCCUCCUGUGGGAUAAUUCACAUAAAGAGAACGGACCAGACGUGACGCCGUGUGACUCGCCGGGCUUGGAUCAUGUUCAGUGGCCCGUCUGUUAAACUUUCAGUAUUCCAGCUUCUGAGGUCCCAGCGAGGAGAUCCAGGAACCUCCAUUGUUGUACAUUAUUGUACAGAAUAUUCCAGAGAAGUGACGACCAGGAACCGUCACGCGUUGGACCAUUUUCAUUCUGGUGUAGGUGCAUUUCAUUCUGAUGUCUGAUGAUGAUCCCGUCUGCCAUUUAGCGUUUUAUACAUGCAUUCCUCUUUUAUUCCUUUUUACUGAGCCCUUCAUGUUGUGAACGAGCUGUCGACUGACUUCAGAGCAAAUGUUUGAUUUCUUUUCCAUUCUAGUCAUAUAGAGGUAAAUGUGUGUAUGACUGUGUGUGUGUAUGUGUGUGUG